AUGGCUUCCUCCAAAUCCUUCAUUUUAGCUUUACUCAUUGUCGCAACAAUGUCAAGCAUGAAGGUGGAGGGGCGUCGUCUUCUUCAAACAACCACACUCUCAAACCCUGCCACUCCAUCUUUACCAAAAUCAUCAUUGUUGGAUUCACGAGAUUUGUCUGUAACUCCAUCAUUACCUAAAGGAAGUCUUCCACCAUUAGAUACUUCCAUUCCAUCUCUUUCUAAGCACACCAUGCCACCAUUUCCUAACUUUCCUUCCACCGAUCCAUCUUUCAGCAUUCCACCAGUGUCAUCACCAGCUCCCACUCCAGUUUCCACCACUCCCAAACCAGCCUCUUCCUUUUUUUCCUUUCCGUUUUUCUCCCAAACACUUUCAAUCUUUAAACCUUAA